CCAAAACAGUGGUUUUGUGGUUUGGGCAGAAAAAGCGACAGGACUUCUAUUGCAAAUCAUGCAGAGCACAGUGAAGAGCCUUAAAGUCACUUACGACGAUGUCAGCGAGAAAAAUACGUUCACCAACGGCGACCCUGUGGCCGGACAAGUGGUUUUGGAAGUGGCCAAAGAGUGCAAAGUGGAGUCGCUGUGCGUGACAUUUAAGGGCAAAGCCGAGGUGUUGUGGACCGAGAGAUACGGCCAAACGACUGUGACUUACCACUCCAAGGACAAGUACUUCAGCAUCAAACAUUACUUUAUUCGAGACGGAAACGCUACCGACGAAGGUCAAUCACUUCUGACGAAUCAGAAUGGGAAAACGUGUAGUAAUGUACUUGCCCCAGGAUCUCAUGUGUUCCCCUUCUCCUUUCAGUUCCCUUUGCAGGAAAUGCCCUCCUCCUUCACUGGUUCGGUUGGUAAAAUUGUGUACCUGCUGGAAACCAAGCUAAGUAGAUCCAUGAGGAUACGCAAAAAAGAUACCAUCAAGAUUCCUUUUGUGACACAAGCAACCCCCGAAAUGACGCAACUAAUGACACCUCAACACGAUGCUAAGGAUAAACAAAUGCAUAUGUUCAACUCUGGAACUGUCGCCAUGGAUGUCAAGAUUGAAAAAUCUGGGUUCUUCCAAGGAGAGCGCUUAAACGUUUCCGCCUCCAUUCAGAACAACUCCACUCGUGAAAUCAAACCCAAGUACUGCAUCUACAGAAAGCACAGCUUCUUCGCAAGGGGAAAGAGGAGGCUUGAUACUAAAGACCUCUUUAAAGAGGUGGGAGAGCCUAUCCCUCCAUCAGCCAGCGUAUCAGUCCAAAGGGUCAUGACAAUCCCCCAUGAUGUGGAACCUUCCAUCCUCAACUGUAAAAUACUCAAAGCAGAGUACAGACUCAGAAGAAUGACCAUCACAAAUUUCUCAAUUGAAUAUGAUGCAAUCAAUCGGCAAAACGGCUUCACAAACGGCGAUACUGUCAGAGGAAGAAUCGUUGUGGAGGUGUCAAAAGAAACUAAAAUCAAAUCGCUGACUUUGAUCGCAAAAGGAAAAGGAGAAGCCCAUUCGACUGAUGAAGACAGCAGUUUUAGUGUUUAUGAGAAAUAUUACACCAUUAGACAGCAAAUUUUGGAAGAAGCAAGACAAGAAGGUGAAGCCAAAGUUAUCGCACAAGGAAGACACGCAUUUCCUUUUUCCUUCAAGAUUCCUGAGAGGGAAAUGCCAUCGUCAUUCAAAUGCACUUUAUGUAAAAUUGUUCAUAAGCUGAAGGCAGAGCUUAAACAAUCAAUGAAACUGCUGAAAAAAACUGAAACCUACUUCAAAUUUGUUUCAAAACCAGCCAUGGCUAUUCCUGGAAUUAUGGUGCCUCAGCAUGAUUGCAAGAAUACAAGUGUCAAAUUCUUCGGCUCUGGAACAGUUACAAUGGACGUUUACACCGACAGACUGGGAUACAAACAAGGCGAAACACUCCGAGUGCGAGCUGAAAUUCUAAACCAUUCAACUCGUUCAGUGACACCAGUUUUAAAGUUCUACCUGAAGGAGAAUUCCUUUGGAAAUGGUCUGCAAAGUCUAGUUGUAAAAAAAAUCCUUCAGAUGGAGGCCCCGGCUGUUGCGUCCACUAGCAAAAAGACAGUGAUGAAGGAGAUCCCCAUUCCCAGACGACUACCACCUUCCAUGUUGAACUGCUCCAUCUUCAGGCUGGAGUACGAGCUGAAGGUCUACGUGGAUAUCAAAUACACAGUAGACGAGGGCGUCACGAUUCCAGUUGUGGUCCUUCCUGACGUACGACAUCAGCCAAGUCCUGCGGCAUUUGAGCCCGAAACAUCCGACGUCGCCAACCGGCCAACGUGGAGCAACACAGCCCAACAUUUGGACGCCCCUCCUUCCUAUGAAACAUUGUACCCCUCCUAGUGUGCUUCUGACAUUAAAUGAAAGUGGGCUGUAUACAAAAAAAAAAAAAAGAUGGCAAAUAUCAGAGGCAAGAUGGCAGCAAAUAACAAGUGGAAAUAAAACCUCUAUAAUUGCCUCUAUAAUUUUGACAUUGUUAGUCAAGAACUAUCUUUGUUAUUGUGAGAGAUUAAAAAAAACAUACUUUCCUA